AACAACCAGAAUCAAACCACCUUCCUGAAACAACACACGAAUCAGAAUCAAGCUUUCUUCAACACCAUUUUUUUUUUUGCAUUAUCGAACAAGUUUUCAAGGGGCCAAGGAAUUAGCAAGUUUCUGCACCCGCCCCACCCCACCCCACCUUUUCCACUUUACUCACAUUUGCAUUGCAUGCAUGAAAAAAACCAGGGCGUCAUCUUUUUCGAGUGAAUGAAGGGAGAAAAGAAGAAGUGACGUCCGUGUUGCUUUUUCACAAAAAAUUGAGUUUUUGGGCACCGACCGUCGUAAUGGCGGAGGUUCCUGUCGAUUUUGAGGUGGAGAUAGAGAGAGAAAAUGGAGAUGAGAGGGACAGCAAUGGUGCUGAUGGAUUGAAGAAGAGUGAGGGCAGCAAUGGGGUUUCGCGGGAUCAUCGCAGGUUGAGUUAUUCAGGAUCGGUUGACAGGAAUCUUUGCAGACAGAAAUCUGGAUGCAUGGAGAAGUCAGCAAAACAGCAUUCGGAUCCUACAUCCAGUCAUCUUAAUGGGAUUGGGGAAAAUAAACAGAACCACUCUAUAGUCCUGGCGAAACAGUUUUUCGAUAUAAACGUGCCCUCGAAAAAGAAGCUCAAAAUGUUGAAUCGAUUAGCCACCGUUCAAAAUGAUGGAACUGUAAAACUCGACAUUCCUGGAGAUAUAAGUGUUAGCAAUCAACCUCUUGAAUUGGGUACUGGAGAAACACAUCGUGGAGAUGGAGAUAAAGAACCUGGAGACACUGAAGAUGCGAUAUCGCUGCCUCCGCUUCAAAUUGUAAUGCUAAUUGUUGGAACAAGGGGUGAUGUGCAACCAUUUGUUGCCAUUGGAAAACGUUUACAGGCAGAUGGUCAUAGGGUUAGACUUGCAACUCACUCAAAUUUCAAGGAUUUUGUGUUGACAUCUGGAUUGGAAUUUUACCCUCUUGGUGGAGACCCAAAAGUCCUUGCUGCUUACAUGGUCAAGAAUAAAGGCUUCUUGCCAUCGGGACCUUCUGAAAUACAAAUUCAGCGAAGCCAAAUAAAAGAUAUUAUUUUCUCCCUGCAUCGAGCAUGUAAGGCUCCUGAUCCUGAUACCGGAAUUCCAUUCGAGGCAGAUGCAAUAAUUGCCAACCCUCCUGCAUAUGGACAUACACAUGUUUCCGAGGCAUUGGAUGUACCGCUGCACAUAAUUUUCACCAUGCCAUGGACACCCACAAGUGAAUUUCCACAUCCUCUUUCUCGUGUAAAGCAACCGGUUGCGUAUAAACUAUCGUAUCAAAUUGUCGAUGGUUUAAUCUGGCUGGGAAUACGUGAUAUGAUAAAUGAGUUCAGGAAGAAAGAACUGAAAUUAAGGCCCGUCACAUAUCUAAGCAAUUCACAUAGUUCUCCUCCAGACAUACCUUAUGCAUAUAUUUGGAGUCCCCACCUUGUUCCUAAACCAAAAGAUUGGGGGCCAAAGAUCGAUGUGGUGGGCUUUUGUUUCCUGGACCUCGCUUCAAAUUAUGUACCUCCAGACUCACUAGUGAAUUGGCUUAAUGAUGGUAAAAAGCCUAUCUACAUUGGAUUUGGAAGUCUUCCGGUGGAAGAACCUGAAAAAAUGACUCAGAUAAUUGUUCGAGCUCUUGAAAUUACCGAACAGCGUGGCAUCAUUAAUAAAGGCUGGGGCGGCUUGGGAAAUUUGGCAGAGACUAAAGACUUUGUCUACUCUCUGGAUAAUUGCCCCCACGAUUGGUUGUUUACUCGAUGUGCAGCCGUAGUUCAUCAUGGAGGCGCUGGAACAACGGCUGCUGGUCUUAAAGCUGCAUGCCCAACGACGAUUAUACCAUUCUUCGGAGACCAACCGUUUUGGGGAGAGCAGGUACAUGCCAGAGGUGUGGGUCCGGAACCAAUCCCCGUCGACCAAUUUAACUUGGACAAAUUGGUUUCCGCCAUCCGGUUCAUGCUAGAUCCUGAGGUAAAAGGACAAGCUGAAGAACUUGCAAGAGCGAUGGAACACGAAGAUGGUGUGACGGGAGCAGUGCAAGCUUUUUAUAAGCAUUUUCCACGGGAGAGUCUCGAGGCGAAAGCUGAGAAACCCCGUCGUUCCCGCUCCCUCUCUUUUAGGUGUUGCUUCAGUUGUUCCGGUGGCUGAAUACAAGACAACAGAUCUUCUAUUGCUCCUUGUUAACUAGGGAUCAGCUAGUGCUUUACUGAUUCUAAAAUAGUACUACUCAGUGUGUUUGUUUUUGUAGAUGCGGAUUACUGAAUGGUGUAGUUCUAAGUGUUAUUUAGAGAAUCAACUAUUGCUUCUUCAAAA